CAUUAACAACGCAAAUAACAGGUUACAGCGAUAAACACAUACACCAAAGAUUAUCUACCGUGACCUAUUUCCAUAUUGACAAUUAAACACUAAAUAUGGCGAUAAUCUGAAACUAUUCAAUAUUGUCAAAUAAGGUCUGUGGUAUAACAUAGAGAUGGUUGACUUUCAAUCCCGGUAUAAGAUAUUCAGCUAUGGUUAUGUAGCUCCCUGCCCACGACCUGGUAAACCAUCAGCUAGACAAGUCAAACAUGAAGCCAACAGGUUGCUGGCAGGAUCAUACGGUGACAGACCAGUUCACGAUUGUCGUUUACCUUCCAUGAUAGAAUAUAACGAUCCUCAUGAGUGGGAAGCACAGUUACUGUUUCAUGGUUUACAGCAAACAUUUCAUGAUGUAGAGGCCUUACAUUCUAAAUUAACCAUACAAGCACCUUGUUCUAAACGAGAACCCGACAAGUUGCUGUUUCAAAUAGGUAUUAAAGGCAAUGCAGACGGCGAUUUCCAUUUCCCACGUGACGUUAUCACAACAGACGAUGGAGACAUCAUUGUAGCCGACACCAAUAAUCACAGAAUACAGAUUCUCAAUCAGUUCGGGGUUUUUAAGAUAAAAUUUGGUAAAAAGGGAACCGGGAACGGGGAGUUCAACCAACCAACAGGCAUUGACCAACUUCCCAACGGAGGUCUAGUUGUGGCAGAUAGCAAAAAUAGACGCAUUCAAAUCUUCUCAAUUAAUGGCAAAUUUAAAACUUCCUUCACAACAAAACAUGAACCUUAUAGCGUCUGUACGGAUUCUUUCAAAAAUAUUGUGGUUGCAACUAGUAACGGAAAAGUAGAAAUUUAUGACAGGGACUUGAAACUAGUUAAGGAAUUUUUUAUACCUGGUAAGAAAUCGAAACGCUGUUUUCCUAAAAUGUGCACCAACAGUAAUGAUGAGAUUUUUAUUACGGAUUCCCAAGAAGGUUGCAUCAAGUGCGUGUCUUACAGUGGCCAACUUAAAUACCAGUUCACACCAAAAACUUUAAGUGAUGGCUUAGUCGUAAUACCAAGCGACAUAUGUUUUGAUCAGAUAGAACAACUUAUCGUAUCCGAUUCACUAAACCACACUGUAAAUGUUUACUCUAUCAAUGGGGAAUUUAUUCGUCAAGUGUUGUCACCCCCUGAUGAAGUCGGUGCUAUUUUUGCUUUGACUGUUGGUCCAGAAGGUCAUCUUGUGGUAGCCGAGUUUGCCUUGGCGUCUGACCACUGCGUAAAAAUUUUCCGCUAUAAAAAGUGUGAAUGUCACCUGAGUAGACCAUCUUCUAGUAAACGAAGAACACCAACGCCAUAUGUUUAAAGAAACAAUGUGGUUUUUUUAUUAUUUUAUUCAAGUCAGAAUUGUCAUUAAUCAGCCUUUACCCAUACCAAUUGUAAAUAUACACCUGCUAAAAGAAACGAUGUGUUGUAUACUUUAUUCAAGUUAGAAUAAGUUGUUGUUAUUAAUAAAACGUUAACCAUACCAAUUGUAAAUAUACACCUGUUAAAAGAAAUAAUGUGUUGUAUAGUUUAGAAUAAUUUGUCGUUAUUAAUAAAACGUUAACCA